ACGAAACCAAAAAAUUUGACCGAAUGCCAGUCAACUGAAUAAGCCAGUGAUAAAAACUGACUAAGAAGCCGACUAAUAUAAAGUUCAGAGUUGAUGAAUUGAUGGCGGAGGUGCACAUAAUCGGGCAGAUAUUGAAAGCUGUUGACUUUGCCGAGCCGCAUCUGUACUGCAAGUGGAGUCUGCAGAGCGGAAACGCCUGGCGCCUGGUUCAGGGCGAGGUUCAGGGUCAGAGCCACGUGGCGUCCCACCGGCUCCAGAGCAGCUCGGAUUUCGCGCAGCCGCUGGACAUUCAUCUGAGCACCGCAUCUGUCCAGGGCUGGCCCCGCCUGCUAGUGGAAGUGUACGCCGUUAACGUACUGCAACAGUCCUGGCCCGUUGGCUACGGCUUUGUGCACGUACCGUCCACACCAGGCACCCAUCGCCUGGAGAUCGGCACCUGGAAGGUUGCUCCCAACGGCUUGUGGCAGUCGCUGCGUGAGCGUUUCGGAGGCGGAGGAGCGGCCCUCAGCAAGACGGAUCUGCUCUACUCGGGUGUUGAGCGUUACAAGUUACAAACUCUGAGUUCUGGAAAGGUCAUUGUUGAGCUAAACCUAAUCUUUCGAAAGUUCGACGAAUACGGCGUGGAGUUCAAGUAGCCAUGAAGGAAGUGUUGCCACUAGUCGUCCUGUGCCUGGCCACAUACCACACACACUCCAUUAAAAUUGGAAUCUCGCACAAUUACAAUGCCACAAUAUCGCCAACGGCGUCCACUACAACGGAAGCCCCAGCCACGACCGGUGCUCCGAGCAGCGAAACUGUCAGCUCCAUCAGCACGCUGCCGGAGGCGGAGGUGACCACCACUACGCCUGCAAUCACUUUUCCACCGCGUGUCCAACAGAAGCCCAAGGUGGCUGUGGCAUCUCCAACCAUGUCGACGGCGCUACCUUUGAACUCUACUGAAGUGAACUCCACCCUGUCCGUAUCCGGAGACAAUACAUUUUACUACUGCUCCUGUGAUCUUCAGGCAGGCAGAUGCGAUCUCAACUGCUGCUGCGACAACGAUUGUCCUCUGGAAACCCGCCAAGUGUUCAAUUGCCUGCCGAAUUCGUUGCUCCCGCAGCUUGAAUCGCGCCUGGAGGAUUUCCAGUACACCCACGGCUUGCCCACCUGCCAGAUCAACGAUGGUUGGCUGUGCGUCUUUCGCAGCAACACAAAAGCAACAAAGACGCAGCCGCCGGAUAUGAAUAUCGAUACCUCGCAGUACAGAAAAUGGAAGGAUAACUUGGAAUACCAAGAAUCGGACUACGCACAGUCUCGUCCAUCAGCUGGACACUACAAGUUCGGGCAGACCCUGCAGUUGUGGCAACCAGAGACUAAACAAUUGGCCACCUUAGAGUUGCCCGCCGCCUACGAAAGUCCCAAUUGUCAGCUGAAGCAGUCAGUCUGGCACUUGCAGCCGAUCAGGCACGUCUGCAGAAUGAAGGAUUCCGCCCAGCUGCAGGAGAGCAUCUGGAGCCUACUGAACCAGACUUCCAACUACGAGAUCCUAUCAAAACCCCGCGAUCUAGAAGAACCGGAAGUAAACGGGCUGAUCGUACAGGUCUGCCUUAGAGGAGCGAAUAAGUCAAUGCGUUGCUUGGAGCGAGGGAACGACACCCAACUGGAUGUUAUAGUUGAUCAUGUGGAGCUGCAACUGAUUCACAACUUUACGAAUAUCCUCGAAGCAAAGCUUUUUCUAGAGGAGGCCAAACUGGCGGAGGACGACAACGAGCCACUUUGGCUUCGCUACAACGUUGAGUUUGUCACUCUGAACGAAUCGCUGACCAAGCCCACUUCCGGUCCACUCGGUUACCUAUCUGGCGCCCCUGUAAUCCUCUCCAGAAUGUUACCACAGAACAGCAGCGAGGAUAAGCAGCUAAUAAGCUAUCACAGCCUUAACCAAAAUAUCAAAGAGUUUCACUGGCUUUCCCUGCCCUCCAGGAAGCCACGAGGAAGCAGCUGCCAACGCGCACUGGACCACAAGGAAGCUCUGCGCUUCGGUAUAGACCUCCUUACCCGUUGUGAACUCCGCCACGCGGCUCCCUUGCUCCAGGCACACGCCAACCACACCGAGUACUGCCAGGGCUUGCAGGCCCAGAUAUGGAGCCUGCUGCUGCCCCACAACUGCACCCAGCUGGAGGAUGUGACCAAGGUGUUCGUCUCCCAUCUGGGCAGACCGCAGCCGGACAAGUGGCUGCCCAUGGAGGUGCGCUACCCGGAGAACGUCCACGAGAUGCCACCACCCGUUCAGGCAGUCUACGACGAAAUGAGACAGAGCCUGAGCUGUCGGAAUAUCUUCCUCAGCGUUGGCUACGAGUUCCAUGUGGCACAUCUGGCUAUGGUGGAGGGCAGAGCGCCGCAUCAGCGUGUCCUGCAGCACGCACGCCUGGUUCUGGGCCAGCGGCAUGACCUGGAAUUCGACACCAGCGAGAUUGAGGUGGCGCUUCCUCUGAGCAUUUCCGCCAUGUUCUACCGGAUGCAAACAAAAGCGCUGAGCAAUGGAGCUGCAGUGGGCAUCGCUGGCCAUCUAGUGCUGGUGGAAAUGAUUUAUCUAGGGAUUAUUUAUCUAGGAUCCAUGCAACUUUGCCUCUAGAAUAAUGUUUGGACGUAUGAGAUUUUUAGAAUAAAAACU